AUGGACCCUGAGAACACAGCAUCUGUCACCACUUCUGUAAGUACAAACAAAGAUAAUAAUGGCCAGCCUUCUACUAAAGUACUAAGUGACUCUGAAAAUCAAGAACAUUCUGACCCUGAAAAUCCAAAAGGUUCUGAUUCUGAAAACCCAAAAAGUUCCGAUUCUGAAAAUCCAAAAGGUUCUGAUUCUGAAAAUCCAAAAGGUUCUGAUUCUGAAAAUAAAAAUAAAGAAUCUAAAAAUACUCAUAGAAGCUCACAAUCAAAAUCUCAAUCUGAACAAAUAAAACAAACUAUAAGCAAACAUCAAUCAUCUUCACCACAAAAAGUAUUACAAACAAAAAAAAAAAAAAUAACACAAAAAACACAAGGCACUUCUUCAACAGAUCAAAUGGAAAAAAUUAUGGAAAAAUAUUCAAUAAAAGUAACUGAUAUGAAAGACGAGUCUAGACAAACAAGACUUCCAAGACGAAUAGAUGCACAAAAUACAAAACAAAGUAGAAAAACACGUGAAACAAAUACAAAAAAACCUCAAGCAUUACAAUAUUCUAAUAAAACAAAUCUAAAACAACAGUCUUUAAAAUCGACUCUAUUAUCGCAGCAAUCAUCAAAACAAAAUAAGCAAAUACCACAACAAACACAAAAUCAAGAAACACAAACUCUACAAACACAAUCUCAACAAACACAAUCUCAACAAACACAAACUCAACAAACACAUACAAAACAAACACAAACUAUACAAACAGAAAAUAAACAAAAAAAUCAACUAGAACCUAAAAUAAUACAACAACAAAUGCAAACUCAACAAACAUCUCAACAAGCACCUCAACAAAUACCACAACAAAUGCAAACUCAACAAACACAACAACAAAUGCAAACUCAACAAACACCUCAACAAAUACAACAACAAAUGCAACAACAAAUGCAAACUCAACAAACACCUCAACAAAUACCACAACAAAUACAAACUCAACAAACACCUCAACAAAUACCACAGCAAAUGCAAACUCAGCAAACACCUCAACAAAUACCACAACAAAUGCAAACUCAACAAACACCACAACAAAUGCAAACUCAACAAACUCCUCAACAAAUACAACAACAAAUGCAAACUCAACAAACAUCUCAACAAAUACAACAACAAAUACAACAACAAAUGCAAACUCAACAAACACCUCAAC